AUGGGUCAAUGUCAACUCAUCGCGAAACUGUGUUACGGACACUCGGACGGCGUUGCCGCUUCGGAGCUAACGCCGGAGGGGCGACGAUAUCGAUGCUCGGCUGCGAUGCAGUUGCUGCAGCCGGCGGAGCCGUUUCCUCCGCGGCGUCUGGUGCGGAGGGGAUUGGAGGGUCCGGCGGUGGGGGAUUGGUUUCGGGCACUUCCGCCAUUGUGGUCACAGUGGCAGUGGCGGAGUGCGCAGGAUAAGGGAGACGGGGAGUUUUCUGGUGCGGUAGGGUGCAAGGGUACAAUUACCUCUAAGAUUUUGCGCCGUUGGAUAGUUAUUAUGCGGUUUUUGUCUCCCUUUGACAUAUCAUUUGUUGUCCCUCUUGUUAUCCCUGCUCUUGUUCCACUUUCAUCUUUUUCUCAAAAUGACCUAGUGGUGCAUCAAGAUGAUCAUGCGGAGCUACCAACCAUAGAGGCCAUGCCAUACUCUUUCUCGGUGACAUCUUUAUUGGAUCUUUGCCUUCCUCUAACAUUGAUUGGACAACUGCUCUCUGAAAAGGUGAUCAAGUUGCUAAAUGUGCUUUUGCAUUCCCUUCCAUUUGCACCUAGGCCACUACGAAGCGAGCACUACAGGUGUUUGUCUGUUUCAUGUGAUGAAAUCCUCAAUACGACUCGCUUGUACAUUGAUGUACUUGCUUAG